AUGAUAGUGAAGUACGCUAAAUUCAUUAACAUGGCCCGGGAAAGCAAAUGGCGUUCCACCAAAGCCAGUCUCAACUAUAUCGAGACCGGCACCUGGACCCGACAGGAACACAACGACUUCUCUCACCAAAGCCCAUCCUUCAUCGGACCGGUGUUGAAACUGACACGCAGUGCAGCUCGCGUAUAUCUCCCACCAGACGCAAAUACUUUCUUAUCCAUCCUGCACCACUGUCUGGAGUCGAGGAACUAUAUCAACCCGAUGGUAGGCUCGAAACGGCCGACUUGCGUUGUGCAUCCGAACUCCUUGUCGACUGAAGAAUUUGACCACCUGUUCACUGCUAACAAGUGCAUCCAUUUCAAUUACCAUGAGCAUAGGCACGAGCUGCAGGGGUUGCUUUUUGGACGCCCUCGUCUGGGAUGUGUUUUGAUUGCUGCGUAUAUGGAGGAGGGUUCGACUACCACGCCGUUCGAUACGAUGCUUGUCAAACGUACGUCGCGGUAUUGUGUGGCACAAGCUGCUGAUCAGGGUGCGUCGAAGGUCAACGAGAAGAUCCAGAUCCGUAAUUACGAGUUGCAGGCUGAGCUUGGUCAUGAUAUCGUUGGGUCGAGGAAAUUUAUCAUUGAGAAGCAUGAAGAUCCCGAGGGCUCAUACGACCUUCAAAGAUUCACACAGACAGAUGACGUCGGCAGUGGGAAUUCAACAGAUUAG